AUGGAGGAUGACUACGCCCAUCCUUAUGAGGACUCCAUCGAGAAGUUUACAACCUACGAGGACUACUUGGACAGUCAGAUCACGCCCCAGGACCGCUUCUACCUGGAAGAAGACGAGCUCGCUAGACAGCUUGUCGAGAUUGGUUGCAGGAAAGGGGAGGUAUUGACGAGGGAGGAUUUUGCAGCAAGGCGAGAAGCAGCCGAGAAUGCAAAGAAGGCGCGUUUGCAGAGCGCGCCGAAGGUUCUGGCAAGUGCGCAGAAAAAGCUGACGGACUUUCCAGUUCUUCGACAUCUUGCAUGUAGGGAGGAACUGGUGCGCAGCGGUAAGCUCAGCACCAUCAUCUUCAUCCGCGAUAAAAAUCAUCGUGGGCAGGAGAUCUCUGGCUACAUUGACUAUGGCCACCGUCUCAAGACUGAGAACUUCGAGCCGUACUUCGAGCGCAAGAAGCGCCUCCUUCCCAAGUCGUCGGACUUGUCAUUCUACAAUUGGGACACGCAGCACUCGACUUCGAACGAGAGCCCCAACUUCCAGAUACUGCCGGAUCACGAGCAGGGUCUGCUCUUCAAAAACAAGCGCGACCGCAAGGUGCUCAGCGUCGACCCAAGGUCUGAGCCUGGCGACAACUCCAAGCGGCUUGAGGCCCCUUGCAAUCGGGCAGACAACGGGGAACUGGGAGCACCUCCGGGGACCAGCAGCCUCGAUAGGCUACGGUCCAAUGGUAACAAGUCGCCAUCAGAAACAUGGAAACAUGCCCAGCCCCACUUGACGAACGUGACACAACGUGACUCAACCAAGAGGCGGUGGCUCCUCGCCUGCCUCGUUCUGGUCGUGGCUUGGCAUCAGAGUGCCGAGGGCCUCGGCUUCGUGGGCUCAUUCCAGGCCGACAGGGACGCCCAGGUUGCAGCCAUCGCCCGGAGGGUGUACCCUGCAUCGCACAGUGGGAAGAAGCUCAUCAUCAAAUUGCCGAAGGCUCUUGGUUUCCAAACGAUGGCUGACGUCCCAAAGGAGUCUGUGGUUCAGCCGCUCGAGCUUACGCUAAAACACCAGAAGUUGAAUUACUGGGAGCUUUCCAAGUCCGGUUACAACGUGAGCGAGGUCUUCAUCCGCUUCCCAGGAAAGACACCGUGGAAGCGCAUUGGCGAGGUGGCCCACAAGGAGGGUGACUUUAGGGAAGCAAUCAGCUGCCAAUACAACUCCUUGAUCAGACGCGCGCACUACCUCUACCGCAAGUUCCGCUUCUGGUUCCAGAAGUCGACCCCGGCGCAGCUCGGCUACACGGACACUGAAGGGCAGAUUGUGGCGGUCGACGACGGGCCGCCAGAGCUCGGUGUAGAACCGCAAGAGCUCAAGGCAAUGAUGCGACGAAGCGGCUUCCUUCCUGGAAGAAAGCCGCUGCAUUGGGUGCCGACGCGGGCGGCUGUAAAGGGCUUGUAUACCUCAAAGAAGGACCAUCACAGACAGAAGGGUUGGCUCAUGAAGCGGAACUUCCAGCAGAGGAUUGACGCUCACAAGUGGUGGAACCCCAGAAAGUAUCGCGGGCGCUACAUGGAGGUUCAGACAAGGAAGAGGGGCAUUGUCACGGGAACGGGCCCAUCAAGAUGA